AUGUGGGAAACAGCGCCCCCUCGUGCGUGAAGAUGAGGCUAAAGGUAUGAGGACUGCAGCUCGGCUAACGAUAGCAACGCGAAAAAAAAACACCAAAAUUCUUUACUUUUCGUCCUAAAAGACGUUCAAAGGUUACAAGAAAAUCUGUAUGCGGACUUCGUUUGACCUCAACUUACUGCUUUCCCGCGACAUUCUGGCCUGGAGGCUCACCGACAGGGAAACACCGCCGCUAACACGGACGGGGGGGAGCGGCCUGUUUUUGAAGCCGGCUUUCCGGUGCACCUGGAGAGGCGAGCGGCUUGAAUCUAGGCCGAGGCUUCGGCUUCUCUCGUUCUCGUGAUACUGUUGGAAAACCGGACUCUGGAAGUGAUUGCAGAUUUAUUUACUGCAGUCCAGCUUUCAGACCUCAAACCCCUGAAGGAUGCGCAGCUGCCGGUGUGUUUUAUAGACCUCGUUUUGUUGAAAAGGGACUGUUUUAACGCGGAGCGGCCUGUUUUGUUUUCGAGCCGCCGUCAACCUGAACGGACAAUAACAAGCAGACGGUGCCUGCUGGGACAGAAAGCAGCCCAGCCCGGCCUGGGAUCAUCCAUGCGGCUGCAGGGCGGCGUGCAGGGAUGCGAACUGUGAACGUGUCUUUGGGGUCCCGCUUCAAACCCCUCGAUGUGGGGGCCCGUAAACGGAGAAAGGACCUGUGAACGCGGAGGACCUCUGUGGGGUUUAGUUUGGAAACAGCCCGAGUCAAUGUGGGAUUCACCGGCGGGGAACUGAGGCCAUCUAUGCUCUCCUCAGAGCCUCCGGACCUCCUUCUGAGAAAGUGUGGUUCUGCCCCGCUGGACCGGGCGGUCCAUCUGCCCUGUUAGCAGUCUAAGCGCUUAAACACGUCCGAGCGGAGCAGAGAUGAACCCCGUGAACGCAACCUCUCUGUACUUAUCCGCCAGCCGCUCGGUGCUGCGGUGCGACCCCCGGGACCCCCGGGCCAUGGCCGAGCUCUGCAAACUGCUGCCGUUUUUCCGCCAGUCCCUGUCCUGCCUCGUGUGCGGUAACCUGCUGCAGGACCCCAUCGCCCCCACCAACUCGUCCUGUCAGCACUACGUGUGUCGAGGCUGUAAGGGUCAGAGGAUGCAGCUGAAGCCGUCCUGCAGUUGGUGUAAGGACUACACCUGCUUCCAGGAGAACAGGCAGCUCUCUUUGCUCGUCCAGUGUUACAGGAAGCUCUGUCUCUACAUAAUUCACUCGCCGCUUGCUCCCCACGUAGCCGGCGCCGCCAGCGACUCUCCAGACCUUCAGGCUAUCCUCACCGAGGGCCUGACGCUGGCGGAGAGCGAGCCCCAGUCGGAGGACGCCGCCGACUCGGUCGCGCAGACCCAGUCCGCGUCCACCUCGGAGGUGGGCGGUUGUGACGAGGCUCCGCCCAUCAGGGAGGUGAACGGCGAGGACAGGAGUCCCGUGAGCGUGAACCGACUCGGAGGCUGUAACGGCCUUUCGGAGAAAGACGCGCUGCAGUCCGUUACCACGGAAACGGCUGGAGCUGUUGCAAAGCAGGAGAGCUUUUCGGAAGAGAUACCUGUGUGUGUGAGCGUGACGGGGAGCGGAGAGGCGGGGCUUUGUGACAUCAGCUCUUUCAGUGAAGACCUGAAACCCGCUGGGGGGCCCCUGCUGCUGAGUGUGGAGGAGGUUCUGAGGACUCUGGAGACGGAGCCUGACGUGACCCCCGAGCACCCAGAGUACCCCGUUUCUGGACCUCAGUGCGUUCUUAACGGCCCCCUCUGCUCACCCGGCUCCGCCCCCUCCUGCUUGGUUCCCUCCCCGCCCCCUGAGAAAAGUCAGCGUCCCUUCCGGCCCCACCCUCCGUCUUUUGCGCCGCCUCCCCUUCAGCCCGCCAAAGUCGUCUCCCCGCGUGCGCCGCUCCGGCCGCACAGGAAGCGAUCUCGUUCUGAAAGUGACAGCGAGAAGGUGCAGCCCCUCCCCAUCUCCACCCUCCUAAGAGGGGUCCCCAUUGGUCCCAUCAGUUCCCUCCAUCACUUGAACCCCGGCGCCACCUCCAAACACGAGUCCAAGUUCCCCCCUGCGGCGCCCCACCCCCGCUUGCUGGCGGUGCCCAACGGCGUCCCCCCCAAGGUGGGCAAGACAGUCCUGGUGUCCAACAAACCACUGAAAAAGACUCUGGAGCACCACGGGGUCACCAAGAAGGCCUACACCAAAGCCAGGCAGGGGGCCCCUAAGCCCCGCCCUCAGCCCCGCGACAGGUUCCCCCCCCACCCCCUGACACACCCACCCAGCCCCUCGAAGCCACUGUACAAGAAGCCCGUAGAGAAGAAAGGCUGCAAGUGCGGCCGUGCCACGCAGAACCCGUCGGUGUUGACCUGUAGGGGGCAGCGCUGCCCCUGCUACUCCAACCGCAAGGCGUGUCUGGACUGCAUCUGCCGCGGCUGCCAGAACUCCUACAUGGCCAACGGGGAGAAGAAGCUGGAGGCCUUCGCCGUGCCGGAGAAGGCUCUGGAACAAACCCGGCUCACGCUGGGCAUCAACCUGACCAGCAUCACCGCCGCCGCGCUCCGCAGCCCCACCACCAGCUCGCCGGGCAGCACCCUCCUCAACGUCACCACGGCCACGGGGGCGCCGGUGUCGGCCGCCUUCCUGUCGGGGGCGGGGCAUGACAACCGGGGCUUUGAAGACUCGCUGGAGAUGCGGUUCGACUGCUGAGUUUGCGCCCACGUGGUCACGCACAUUCCCUCCCCCGCGCACUGGGGAUCUGCAUGGGCGGAGCCAGAAACAGGCAGCUAUAGUGACGGGCGGGGCGGAGCCAUCGUCCAUCCCCCCAAACUGCACCAUGCGUGACGGAGAAGGUCGUAGCAUUACUGUACGUGUGGAGGCGGGGAUCGGUUCUGGGUCGUGUGUAGAGCAUGUGGUGUAGCUAAACCCGGAGAGUCGACCCCGGACACGCCCCUAUGACAUCAUCAGAGAGCGGUGUAAUUUAUACAAAAGACGUUUUUGUACGUGGACACUUUCCAUUUUAAGAUGUAUUUUCUAACGGAUGGCGCGGGAGCGAAUCCGCUUUCACCCGGAAUCACGCGGCAGGAAGGCGGACGCUAGCCCCGCCCCCCACCACCUCAAACUGACCCGAUUCGGAAAGAUUGAAGAACCACAAUGUGAAACCACAACCAGCCAAGGUUUGAGUAUUUAUUCCUGUUGAAUGUAUAUUCUCUGUGAGCCAUUGCCCAGAUUCACUCUGUUCGACACUGAAACGCUGUAAAUAAACCAGGUGUGGAUUCUGACGCGACGUUUGAGGCAGCGGGAAAUCCAAACGCUCAUCCGUGUACAUGAAGCAUCGUUCAGACCUCCCGUUCUCCUGUGUUCGUGUGUCAGACUCCGGUUGAUGGCCGUGUGCUGUAUUUACACCCCGUUCUGGAAGCUACUCACAUGCUGCUAAACACUACUCACAGAAAGAUGGCGCCCUCGUUCGUUCCGGUUCGCUCCUCUGUUGCAGUAUUUAUUGGACACCUCCCGAUGUAAACCGCCGCCGGCGGAUCCACGGCCCGUUUCUGAGUUCUGUCCCUGUCUCCUUCCUAGUGUUUGUUUCUACUCUCCAAAACUGUUGUUUGUUCUUCCUCUGGGCAUUUAAAUACCUGUAAAAUAACUGUACAAUAUUUCCACAAAAAAAGAAAAUCCAAAAUUGA